AUGGCCGACACAACGCACAUCCCCAAGGCCGACCCAGAAGAUUGCCGCAUUACGCACCCAUUGACCAUAGACAAACAAGCGUCCGAGACUCAAGCAAAACAGACAUGGUACAACCCGCGGAGGUGGUCAUUACGCACAAAACUCAUCGCCGCCAUCGCCUGCGUCGCCGCCAUAAUUGGCGUGAUCGUCGGCGCCGUGGAGGGCUCCAAGGCCAGCCGAUAUCCGGAGUACUCGCCGCUGAACUAUCGGCUGGUGGACACGUAUUCCGGAGUAAACUUCUUCGAGCAGUUCGAUUAUUUCGAUGAUGAAGAUCCGACGGAGGGAUACGUCAACAAAAGCACAGCGCAGUCGCUGAAUCUCACCUACGCAACCCCCACCUCAGCGGUACUGAAGGUCGACACAACAACCAAGAACGCCACGCACGGCCGCAAGUCCGUGCGCAUCGAGUCCAAGAAGGCGUACGACGACGGCCUGUUCAUCUUCGACAUCAUCCACACCCCCUACGGGUGCGGGACAUGGCCAGCCCUCUGGCUAACAGACGCCUACAACUGGCCGGAUAACGGCGAGAUCGACGUGCUCGAAGUGACGAACAAUGGCACCGACGGCAACGCAGUGACGCUGCACACGACCUCGAAAUGUCAGAUGGAUGUGCGCCGCAAGCAGCUCGGGAGCACGACGUAUACGACCUGCGAUAAUAGCACGAAUGCGAAUGCGGGUUGUGGUGUCCAGGGGGCGAGCGCGACGUAUGGCGAGGAGAUGAAUAGGGAUGGGGGUGGUGUCUACGCCCUUGAGCUCCGCCCCGAGGGCAUAAGAGCCUGGUUCUUCCCGCGGCACUCCAUCCCGUCUGACCUUCGCCUGACAAACAAUAGCAGCAGCAACAGCAGCGCGCCGAUAGCUAAACCCGACCCCUCAUCAUGGGGCACCGCGCUCGCGGACUUCCCAAACACGAGCUGCGACAUCACGUCUCAUUUCAGGAACCAGAGUAUCAUUGCGAAUAUUGAUCUGUGCGGACAGUGGGGUGGGAGUCCGAAUGUCUACUCGGGGCAGUGGGAUUGUCCAGGGAAAUGUGUGGACCUUGUAAGAGGGCACCCGGAGAGGUUUGAGAGGGCGUACUGGGAAUUUGGGGGGUUUUGGGUAUUUCAAGCUAUUAGACCAAUUUGA